AUGUCGCUGUCAAGCCCGAACAGCGAGCUUCCCGCCUUACCCACGCCCUUGAGCCCGCGCCCUUUGAAUCGUCGCCCCGGAUCGAGAGAUAGCGCCGGAGGCUUUGCAGUCACUCGACCUGCUCCUCCCACAAGACCUCCGCCUAGAGUCAGCCCGGCUUUGUCGCAACAAGUCUCAGGACAGACUUCCAGCCCUCGCAUCGUCGUUCAAGAUGAUGCUCACCAGAUGAGCGCACUGCGGUGUGAUGAUGCGGAGGUCAGGAGAGCGGACGAACUCGAGGCUGGAGAUUCUUCCGGCGAUGGUAGUACGGAGCUUGCGCAUGAAGCUCGAAGAGGAAGCGCCGAUGCCAGGCCAGCCUCCGCCGCAUCUACAGCCACCCUCUCACGAGCAGAUAUUCAGACGCCUUCCCUCAAAGGGCGAAGCAGACCUGACUCCAGCGCCGACACAGCCUACUCGGAAGACGCUGAAUAUACCGCGACAGCUUCCGAAGCGGGUACAGACUAUGCAGGUAAUAUUGCGGACACAUCGCUGGGAUCCGAUGCAAGUUUCAGGAGCUUUGCGGCAGGUUCAAGUUCGCCAAGUCCAUCUGCUGGAAAGCGCGGGGGUGGAGCCGGAAGCAGGUCGCCCGGCCGUACGCCCAAGCUGGGAGGCUUUGGUGUGGGCGUGGGUAACGGCAACGGAAUAGUGCCGCAUGUGGAAGGCAUGAGGAGUCGAGCCACAGAACGUGCGCUGGAAGAAGAGGCGCUUGAGGAACUCGGCAUACCCUCCAAAGCUUUCAGAAGAAGCAGGAGCGCAACAGAGGGAUGGACGGGCACGCUCGGCGAUGAGACUUGGGGCGCCCACUUUUGGGUCGUGAUCGAGCAACCCUCGGGGAAAUCCUUCUUCGCUAAUCCCGAGACCGGAGAGUGCGUCUGGGCAGUGCCUGCCGGUACUAUUGUAUUGCCGCCCAGCAAGGAAGGCCAAUGGUGGGAGCUGUUUGACGAUAAUCGCAAGCUGCCCUACUACUUUCAGACGAACACACGCGAGACGACCUGGCACAAGCCCGAGGGGUUUGUCAUCCCUCUCGCUGCCAUUCAAGAGUCUUCCAUGGGCAAAAGGUUCUCACGCAUGGAGCUUGGUGAAGACUCGCUGGCAGCCCUUGCGGCCCUCCCGGAGGAUUCGACGCAGCGCAAAUCGAGACAGGCUGGAGGCUCUAGCGGUGGCACCUGGCCGAGCUCGAAAAUCUCUGGCGCGCUGAGUGGGUUGUCCCAUUCACAAGCGCAAUCGAGUCCGAUCAGGAGUCGCACACAGCCUCCGCCUCCUGUGGACAGCCCCAAUCUUAGUCAAGUCAAGUGGGGCAUGCGUCUACGCUCGCAUUCCGGUGGUGACGCUGCGAGAGCGGGCCCCUCACGCCCACAGCGCACUCACUUCUCUUCUGGGGAAGAGCACAGCUCUGGCUUGUCCACCAUCAUUUCCUCCACGCACCUCAAUUUGGCUUCCAGCAGCGAGAGCGGAGCUCCGCGAAAGAAGCCGCCUCGAGCUGCGUCCCACGGAAUGGGCCUUAGCACGGUUCAAAGUCAGAGGGAUCGAUCCAUGGAUUUAUCAACACUUGACUCGGUGGAGAUGCCGCGCGGCUAUCGCCGUGAACGUGACCCUGCCAAGAGGAUUGCCGCGGCGGCGGUAGCUGCUGCGGAGGACUCUCAUGAAGCGGCAAAAGGUCGGGCAGCAGCUACUGGCCAAUUCAGGUUGUCUUCUGCCAUCGAGACCCGGCGGUUGUCGACUGGCGAGCAUCGUGUGCUACCCACCGCUAUACGCAACGAGCUUCUCAGCUUCGAAGGCUUUGCCAGGCAGCGGUUCUCGCGACACCGCACAGGUCUUUUCGGACUACGCAAAGUCUCGAUGGGCAAAAUGUCGCGAUGGCAGCGCAACCCGAUUUCUGCUCCUCUGGUACCUCUGGAAGAUCCCGUAGAGAAGCGAGAUGCGGUCAGGAUCUUCAAAGUCGUGCUGCGCGUCUUUGGAGAUCGGGAACAGGCCGUUUUCUGGCCACGCGUGCCAGAGCCAGUGAACAUUGGUUACAAUACAGUGCCUGAUAGACCUCGCCUGCUCAGCGGAACUACCCCCCUUCCACCCGGCUCGACGCUCAUCGGUGAUCAACACUUCUCGCCGUACGCGCGCGCCGUCUCGCCUGCGUCAUUCCAUGCUGCAGAUCUAUGUGGCGUCGCAGCGUUGACGGCAGUCUCUGACAAGCAGCGAAGCUCAGCUACUCCCGAAAGGAAAGGCCUCAGCGUAGGCCUAGCGAGCGGCAUGACGCCAAAUGGUGCUCGCAAGGCAGUCUCAUCGGGUCCUUCUGUCGUGGAGGAGGAGAGAUGGUUGCUUGAACGGGGUAUUUUGGGAAGCGGCGCAUUGCGCGACGAGAUCCUACUGCAGUGUAUGAAGCAAUUAUCGGGCAAUCCAACGCGAGACUCCACAAUCAGAGGCUGGCAGCUGCUAGGCGUGCUGCUGACGUGCUUUCCGCCAGGCUCCAGCGAGGUCGCUGAGCUCGUGCGAGUCUUCAUCGAAGAAGCUGUGCGGCUAAGUCCAUCCAAUCCCGCACUUUUAUCGAAAGCAAAUGGAGAAGCGGCAGCAGACGAUGAGGUAAUCCUGGGAGUACUCGCUUUACACUGUAAAAGGAGGCUGGAAUCUGCCAAGCAGAGAGGGGCCAAAGGCCGGGUACCAAGCAUACACGAAGUCCAAUAUGAAAUGGACGCCGCUUUUGCGCCUAGUGUAUUUGGCCAAAGCUUGCAGAUCGUCAUGCAGAGGCAGGCAGAUGCUUAUCCGUCUGCUCAAGUGCCAGUUAUGUAAGUUUUCCUUGGGCAAAAUCUCGAUGUACCAUCCAAAAUUGACUCAAGCCCCUCAUACACUGCCCCACGCACAGCCUGGCGUUUCUUUGCGACGCGAUGCUUGCGAUGGACAGGUCGCCAGAUCUGUUCCGCGCUCCAGGCGAUGCCGAGAGGGUGACGCUCCUUCGUUUACGGAUCGAUCGAGGCCACUACAGUCUCAAUGGACUCGUCAACGACGGAAAGGAGGAUGUCGCCGUUCUGGCCUCGGUCUUGAAGCUGUUCUGCAGGGAAUUGGAGCCCCCUUUGAUCCCGUACGACUUGUAAGUUGACGUCAUAUUUUCACGGUCCUUCCAAGCAACGAGCCUUACUCUCGCGACCCCGCCAUCAGGUACUUCAACGCCCUCAAAGCUGCUGACAGCUCGACUCGAAGUGUUGAGUUGGUUGCACGUCUACCAAAGAUCAACCUGCGCGUCCUGACCUACAUUAUCAGUUUUCUGCAAGUGAGUCUGGUCGAGACUUGGUGGUAUUGAGGCGCGUUGAAGCUGAAUGACCGGCCUCUGAUAUGGUCCAACCUCAGCUGAUACUCAAAGAUGACGAGAAUGAGUCGAGCCCGGAAAUCUUGGCAACCAUCUUUGCUCCUAACCUCAUGCGGGACCCGACUGCUAGGUCUUUGCAAGAGGCAUCCACGAAUAGUCGUCUGGAGACCAAAUUCGUUCAACAACUUCUGCAGCAUCUGCAUUGUUCAUCUUUGGAUCCUUCGUUCAAUCCCGUCCACGGAGAAGGACCAGAGGCGGGCGUGGCGGUCAUCGGCAGACCAUACACCGGUAGCCCUGUGUCUCAGGAAGAGCGGACGUCGAGAUUGCGAGCCUCUCAGCAGCCCAUCCUGAACGGAAGUGGCCUAGAUGAGAAUCUUUUGAGUACGCCAAGCAAGCCAGCCCGAUCUCGCAAGAGCUCAUUUGCUCGUCUAGCCGCCUUGGGCUCUCCUCAUCUCUCGCGCUCAUCUCACCCGCCCUCGUCACCGGACAACAGCAGUGUCGGUCACAGUCAUAGCUCUGGAAGUGGCAAAUUGAGCAGCUCCUCGCCUAGCAGCUACGAGAAUGCCACGAAUGGAAGCAAGAAGAGCUUUGGCCGGAAACAACCUUCCGAAUCGGAUCGGUGGAAGCCAGUGCCUCCUUCGCGUCUUGCUGCUUAA